GGGCAAAGGUAACGGGAGCGAGUCCCGAUCUGGCGUUGAAUCUGCACGUCGAGGUUCUUCAGUAAAGUAUCAAGACGUUUCUGUUUCUGCAUUGCUACAGUCUCUUGUCUCACUGAGAGUGAAUCCUGCACUGAAAGUCACUGCGUCAAGUGCAGGACGUCUCUAGGGGGAGUAAACCCAAACAGAUUGUGUAGAAGUGUAUUUGUAAUCUCGUCAUACGAAUGGACAUGCUGCUACUGAGUCUUUCUGGCUAUUCGUCUGAUUUGAUUGGCAGUUGAAUCAGUCCAGUAAUAAUGGAUAAUCAGGUGUUCGAGUCCAGUGCGGAGCGGACAUUUCAGUAUCAGAGCAGCCUCCCUCCUCUGCCUGUGCCCGAUCUACACGACUCACUGGACAAAUACCUGCAUGCAGUAAAACCUUUUGCAUCUGAGGAGGAGUUUCAAGCCACAGAGGCUAUUGUGAAACGCUUUGAGGAGGGCAUCGGACAACAGCUACAACAGAAGCUUCUGAGGAGAGCCAAGAGCAGGCGCAACUGGCUUGAAGACUGGUGGCUGGACACAGCAUAUCUAGAGGCACGCAUCCCCUCUCAGCUGAAUGUGAAUUUUGGAGGUCCUACAGCCUACGUGGAGCACUGCUGGCCUGUACGUGAUGGCACACAGCUGGAGAGGACCAGCUUGAAUUUGUGGUUCACCCUCCAGUACUGGGACCUUAUCCGCACGGAGAGGCUUGGCAUUCAUAAAGCAGGAACUAUGCCCUUUGACAUGGAUCAGUUCCGCAUGCUCUUCUGCACCUGCAAAGUGCCUGGUGUCAAUAAAGACACCAUCCUCAACUUCUUCAAAACAGAGAGCGAAGGACCCUGCCCUUCUCACAUGAUAGUGAUGUGUCGUGGGAGGGUCUUCACAUUUGACGCUCUCUGUGAUGGCCGUAUCCUCACUGCCCCAGAGCUGUUGAGGCAGCUCACUUACAUUAAAGAAUGCUGUGAUGGAGAGCCGGAGGGGGAUGGAGUGAGCGCUCUCACCGCUGAGGAAAGGACACAUUGGGCAAAGGCUCGGGAGUAUCUGAUCUCCAUUGAUCCUGUGAAUAAGACCAUACUAGAGACCAUUCAGAGCUCUUUAUUUGUGCUCGCCCUGGACGAUGCCAAGCCCUAUUCCAGCCCUGAAAACUACACACAGUUGACCCACCUGGCAUUAACUGGUGACCCCACGAUCCGCUGGGGUGAUAAAUCUUACAAUCUCAUCUGCUUCUCUAAUGGGACCUUCGCUUCUAACUGUGAUCAUGCGCCAUAUGAUGCCAUGGUUUUGGUAUCUAAUGGAUAUUAUGUAGAUGAAAAAUUGAGGGCCUGUGGUGGAGUGUGGAAGGGUUCAAAGGUUGUGCGUGAGAUGCCUGUGCCAGAGGAGCUGAUAUUCACCGUGGAUGAGCGGGUGAGGAGAGACAUCGCCCUGGUCAAAGAACAGUACAGCAAAAGUUCUCAGGACCUGCAGGUUGUCAGCUAUACCUUCACCUCCUUUGGAAAAGCAGCCAUUAAGAAGAGAAAGCUUCACCCUGACACAUUCGUACAGCUGGCUCUGCAGUUAUCAUACUACAGGCUACACGGAAAGCCUGGUAGUUGUUAUGAGACCGCCACAACACGCCGUUUCUAUCAUGGCCGCACAGAGACCAUGAGGCCCUGCACUGUGGAGGCUCAGCACUGGUGCAGAACCAUGUUGAACCCUACAGCCACUACUGAAGAGAAAAGGCAAGCUUUAAAUGCAGCCUUCAGAAAACAUAACAAGCUGAUGGCAGAGGCACAGGAUGGAAAAGGCUUUGACAGACACCUCCUGGGUUUGUACCUGAUUGCCAAGGAGGAGGGUCUUUCUGUGCCUGAACUCUACACAGAUUCGCUCUAUACUAAGAGUGGAGGAGGUGGGAGUUUUGUGCUUUCCACUAGUCUGGUGGGCUACACCACUGUAUUGGGAGCAGUUGCACCCAUGGUGCCGCACGGAUAUGGGUUUUUCUACCGCAUUCGUGAUGACAGAAUCGUUGCGUCCUGCACCGCUUGGAAGUCCAACCCAGAGACAGAUGCUGAAACCCUGUUUCACAACCUCUGCACCUCUUUACAUGACAUCAGGCACAUCACUACCCAGUCCCAGCUGUAAAGCAGAGCAUUCUGGGAAGUAUAACCUAGUCUAACCUCACUGCUAUAGUUAUGUCGUUGAAUUGUCUCAGACGUGACCUUGCCUUUAGACUGAUCUACUAUGCUGUGAAUUUAAAAUGGUUCAUAUGCUCCCUUGUUCGGUCAUAUCUAGAAUGAAUACAGUAGAAUUCUGAAGAAAUUUGGCAUUUAUUUGAGAAAGUUGCCAGACAUUAAGAUAAGGUGAUUUUUAGAAAUAAUCCGGAUUUAGUACAGCAGGUGCUUUAAACUCUCAUGUGCCUUCGGUUAGUCAUCUCUGAAUAAUUUCAAUCAGGAAAUCCUCCUCUGAGGUAAGGCAUGAUUUUUAACCUACAGUUUUUGCUACAUUAGCAGUCUUGCUUCCUGUUAAAGGGAUAGUUCACCCAAAAAUUAAAAUUUGAUGUUUAUCUGCUU